UGCCUUGGUCAGCCUAGGGACCAGUCAACAUGAAGGCUCUCCUUAUCCUGGGGCUUCUCCUCCUUUCUGUCACCAUCCAGGGCAAGGUCUUCGAACGAUGUGAGCUGGCCAGAACUCUGAAAAGACUUGGGAUGGAUGGCUUUAGAGGUGUCAGCCUGGCAAACUGGAUGUGUCUGGCCAAAUGGGAAAGUGAUUAUAACACAAGGGCUACGAACUACAAUCCCAGUAGCAGAAGCACUGAUUAUGGAAUAUUCCAGAUCAAUAGCCGUUACUGGUGCAAUGAUGGCAAAACCCCACAUGCAGUUAAUGCCUGUCAUAUAUCCUGCAGCGUGUUGCUGCAAGAUGACAUCACUCAAGCUGUAAAAUGUGCAAAGAGGGUUGUCAGUGAUCCAAAUGGCAUUCGAGCAUGGGUGGCAUGGAAAGCACACUGUCAAAACAGAGAUGUCUCUCAGUAUGUUCGCAACUGUGGAGUGUAACUGUACAGUUUUCCUUCUUCAGCUCAUCAUAUGUCUUUUUCAUAUUAAGGGAGUAGUGAUUGAGUGAAAGGUCACACUAGCAUUCUUUCAAACAAUAACAGUUUUACAGAUGCAGGAGCAAAAUACUGUCUUUCUUCUAAAAGGCUUCAUGUUUAUAAAUGUGUUUAUUAUUUGUUGCAACUGUAACAUUUUUCAGUUUGCAAUAGAAAUAAUGCUGGUGGAAGCUUAUCUAAAAUCUUGCCUAUCGAAUACAUCUCCAGUACAUUCAAUUCUUAAUCCAAGGAAAUAACCCAGACUUCAUCUUUAGCACUCCCCAGUAGUUUAUAAAAAUGUAACAGAUUAUCUUAAAACAAAUUGAUCUUAGGCAAAAUCCUAGCUGUAUAGGCAUCUGAUGCCUUCAUCUGUUCAGUCAUCUCCAAAAACAGUAAAAACAAAAACAAAACAUACACGCACACACACACACAGAAGGAUAACAAAAAACCCAAACCCAAACCAAAGCAAAACACUCUGUUGGACAUUAUAAAGUAAAAAUGCUAAAUGGAUAAAAAUGAAAAUAGCUUGAAUUAAGGAUUUUGCUUUUCUAAAGUGUGACCUUGGUUUAAAUGUUUUCUCAGAAAUGUUGGUUUCAUACUGCUUUAAAAAUAAAUUGUCAGUUUAUGUAUCAAUCUAUUUUAGCCCUUUGGAGAAUUCUGUGCAUUUUUCUGAUUGUGAAGGAAUAUAAAGGACUAGAUGAGCUGUUGCUGUUCUUUAAUUUUAUUAACUUAGAUUCAUGCAGAGUGAAUAAAUCCUGAAAUAAUUGUUGAUUAAUCACAAAUGUGUAAUUAUGCACUUUGUAAAAAAAAAAAUACAAACAUUAUCAUUAAAGGCUUUGCAACUCAUAA